AUGGAAUUCGCCGACAAAUUGCUCCUGGUGCUCCGGAGCUACUCACUGCCUGUUUGGGCCACCAUCAUCUCGGGGCUCUUUGUCGUCGUCUCGGUCUCGCUGUCCAUCUACUUGCUCCUCAACCACCUCUCGGCCUACAAGAACCCAGAGGAGCAGAAGUUCCUCGUCGGUGUCGUUCUUAUGGUGCCGAUAUACGCAAUCGAGUCGUAUAUAUCAUUGGUGAAUCCAACAAUUGGUGUAGAUAUUGAGAUUCUGCGAGACGGGUACGAGGCAUUCGCCAUGUACUGUUUCGGGCGGUAUCUAGUUGCGUGCUUAGGUGGAGAAGAUAGGACGAUUGAGUUUCUGAAGAAGGAGGGCAGUUCAGGUUCUGAUGCACCACUUUUAGGCAAUGCAUCCGAAGAACGACAUGUGAACCACCCUUUUCCGAUGAAUUACAUGUUGAACCCGUGGCCCAUUGGCGAAUGGUUCUACUUGGUAGUUAAGUUUGGGCUUGUCCAAUAUAUGAUAAUAAAGACAAUAUGUGCUCUUCUUGCGGUGAUUCUUGAAUCCUUUGGGGUGUACUGUGAAGGAGAGUUUAAAUGGAACUGUGGGUACUCUUACACUGCCAUGGCUCUCAAUUUCAGUCAGUCAUGGGCCUUAUACUGUCUCGUUCAAUUUUACGCCGUCAUAAAGGACGAGCUAGCCCAUAUAAAGCCCCUAGCGAAGUUUCUGACAUUCAAGUCUAUUGUGUUCUUAACAUGGUGGCAAGGUGUGGCAAUAGCGUUGCUCUCCAGCUGGGGCUUGUUGAGAGGCCCUAUAGCUCAAGAGUUGCAGUUCAAGUCCAGCAUUCAGGACUUUAUCAUCUGCAUAGAGAUGGGUUUUGCUGCUGUUAUUCACCUGUACGUCUUCCCUGCCAAGCCAUACGAGCUAAUGGGCGAUCGUUACGUUGGAGAUGUUUCAGUUCUGGGCGACUACGCUUCAGUUGACUGCCCUCUAGAUCCAGACGAAGUUAAAGAUAGCGAGCGCCCAACCAAGAUUAGGCUUCCCCAGCCAGAUGAUCACGUCAGAUGCUCCACCGCCAUAAAAGAAAGCGUCCGCGAUGUUGUACUCGGAGGAGGCGAAUAUAUUGUGAACGACCUGAAGUUCACCGUCAACCACGCGGUGGAGCCGAUCAACGAGAAGAUCCACCAGAUAUCGCAGAACAUGAAGAAGCAUGAUAAAGACAAAACAAACGACGACAGCUGCAUCGACUCGCCGCGAUCCCUGCACAGGGUGAUCAGUGGGAUCGACGACCCGCUCCUGAACGGGAGCCUCAGCGACAACAGCGGCCCCAAGAGAGCGCGGAGGCAGCAGCGCAGGAGGUUGGGUGCGGUGAUCAGUGGCGAAGCCCGGUCUGCACUGCAGCAUCGAAUACUUUCCGAACUGAAGCGCUGGCUGCUCUGGAUCUUCAGGACUGCUAAAGCCUGA